AUGGAUCCAGGUCUGAUUAGCAGAAGUGACUGUGUUGUGGUCAUGGACCAUGUACUUGCAACGGGAAGGACACUUUGUGCAGUGUUGAAGCCAUUGAUGAAAGCCGACGUUCGGCCCAAAGAUAUCAGAGUCAUGGUUGUUGCCGAGUUCCCCUUUCAUAGUGGUCGAGAAUUAUCACGUCGGGAAGGUUUUGGGGAAGUUUCGAUUCAAAGUCUUUUGGUUCUUGGUGGUAUGUGA